UGGUUAAGAAUCCGCCUGCCAACGGAGGGGACAGGGGUUCGAGCCCUGGUCCGGGAAGAUCCCACAUGCCGCGGUGCAAGUAAGCCCGUGCGCCACAACUAUUGAGCCUGCACUCCAGAGCCCGCGAGCCACAACUACUGAGCCAGGGUGGUGCAACUACUGAUGCCCGCGAGCCUAGAGCCCCUGCUCCGCAACAAGAGAAGCCACCUCUCGCCGCAACUAGAGAAAGCCCGGGCGCAGCAACGAAGACCCAUAGCAGGGUUUCCAGAAAGGAAGCAAAACCACAGACUUGUCAACUGGCCUGGGCUGUGGAGACAGGGGAAGUACCAGGAAGGGGUGGACGACCCCGACCCAGCUAAAUGGAAGGCCCAGCUCCGCUGUGCGCUCAACAAGAGCAGGGAAUUCAACCUGAUGUACGACGGCACCAAGGAGGUGCCCAUGAACCCAGUGAAGAUAUAUCAGGUGUGUGACAUCCCCCAGCCCCAGGCCUCUAUCAUUAACCCAGGAUCCACUGGAUCUGCUCCUUGGGAUGAGAAAGAUAAUGAUGUGGAUGAAGAAGAUGAGGAAGAUGAGCUGGACCAGUCACAGCACCACGUUCCCAUCCAGGACGCCUUCCCCUUCCUGAACAUCAAUGGAAACCAAGAGGGAAGAAAAAGUCUCCUGCCUCUUCGGCAGCUCCAGAGUUUUCCCGGACUCCCUCCCGGCUAGCUGUGGCACAUUAGCCCCCUUCAGGCUGAGUUCUCGCCGCCAGCCCCAGUCCUCUCCCUGCGCUCUGACCGAAGGCCGAGCCUCAGCUCCAGCGCCGCCCGC